AUGAGUAAAGAAGGUAGAUCUACAUCGAGACCUCCACUGUUUGAUGGAACAAGUUAUCGAAGUUGGAAGAACAAAAUGGAAGCAUUUCUAAUGUUACAAGGUGAAGAUGUUUCUGAAGCUGUCGAGUCUGCAUGGUCUCAUCCCAUGAAGACCAUUCAAAAUGAAGAUAAUACUGUCACUCUUGUGAAGAAACCAAAAAGAGAAUGGACUCUCAAUGAAAAGGCUGCUGCAAUCGCCAACUCGAAAGCCUUAUUUUCGAUCUUCAAUGCUGUUGAUGAAACUCAAGCGAAGCUGAUAUCAAACUGCAAAGUUGCUAAGGAAGCAUGGGAUAUUCUUGAAAAUGCAUUUGAAGGGUCUGUGCAGGUUCGAGAAUCAAAGCUGGAUCAUGUUGAAACUCUGUUUGAAGCACUAAAGAUGAAUGAAGAUGAAACAAUUGCUGUCUAUCACAACCGAUUCAUGGAUGUUGUAAAUCAAGCUGAAGCUCUUGGUAUGCACUUUGAAGAAAAGAGACUGGUGAGAAAAAUGCUUAAAAGUCUCACAAAAAAUUUUAGGCCAAAGGUGAUUAUGCUCGAUGAACCGCCAAAGCUGAGACACAUGACAUUGGAUGAACUAUAUGGUACACUGGUAAGCUAUGAAAUGAACUAUCUUGAAGAUGAAGCACCCAAAAGUGUGGCUCUGAGUGCUGAAGACUUGGAGAUGAUUGAGUCUGAUGAAGAAAUGGCUCUGCUGAGUCGUAAACUUUCUCGAAUGAUCAGUGAGAAACGAGCUGCCAAGCUAAAGUUUGGGAAGUUUCAAAACAGGAAUAGCUAUCAGGGAGGAGGUACAUCCAGCUCUCAGCGAAAGUAUCCUGAGCAGAAACCUACUGCAUACAGCAAACCGAAAGAUAGAUUUGAUGGUGGAUUUAAGAAGAAGUUUGUAGUGUCUGCAAAACCUGAGACGGUUCAAGAACCUACCUGUUAUGGAUGUGGUGGUGUUGGACAUAUUAAAUCUGAGUGCCCAACAGUUAAGAAAAGGGAGAAAAGGGCCUAUCAAGCUACCUGGAGUGACAAUGAAGAUGGUGAAUCUGCUGGUGGUGAUGAACAGACUGAGAAUCAUGAAGUUGUUGCAUUCAUGGCAGAUGAUGAUGAUUCCAGUGAUGAAAAGACAGAAUCCAGUUCUAAAACUACUGAUGAGUCAAGAGAACUUGAUACUGAUGAGUUGAUUGAGGCUUAUGAGGAAAUGGUUGCCGAGCAAAAGAAAGCUGUUGUAAAAAAUAAAGAACUUCUGGAUACCAUUUAUCGUUUGGAAGCUCAAAAGGAGAAACUUGAAGAUGAACUUGAGAAGUUGACAAAGAUCAUUGAAGAUAAAUCUACUGAAUCAAAGGAAUUGCAGUCAGAUAAUCUGAAGUUGAAGAAUGAAAAUGAUAGACUUCGGAAAGGGAAAGAAAAAUUGGAUGAAGUCCUCUCAAUUGGUAAACCGUUUGGUGAUCACAAAGGAUUAGGCUUCUGUGAAUCCUCUCAAAGUAGACCAACUACAUUUGUGCGAGGUGGUCUGCUUACUGAUGUCAAACUUCCAGAAAAGAAAUCAACUCAAGUCUGGAAACAGAAUUCAAGAAAGAAAAGAAGCAGAAUCAGAAACAAAAACCACAGAAAAACUCAGAGUGAGAUGACAAAGCUGUCACAAUCUACUAACUGUAAGUACUGCAUGUAUCCAGGCCAUUCGGCUGUGAAGUGCUUGAAGCUGGCAAAAGAUGUUAUCAGUGGGAGACGGAUUCAAUGGCCUACUGAAGAGCUGAAACAGAACAUUAAGGUCAAGUUUGUAUGGAUACCUAAGGAGACUCAGAAACAGCUCGAGUGUAAUGUGAUCUUGUCAAGUCAAGAGUCUACCAGAGCUGAUCGAUGGUACUUUGAUAGUGGUUGCUCAAGGCACAUGACUAAUCAAAAGGGAAUUCUGAAGAAUUUUGUCGAAGACCGAAGUGGAGAAGUCAUUUUCGGAGAUGGAGCAAAAGGAAAGAUCAGUGGCUAUGGUAUUCUUGAAAGAGAAGGAAUUCCAAGGUUAUCAAAAGUCUAUUUCGUAGAAGGGCUGAGUACGAAUCUGAUCAGUAUAAGUCAACUAUGCGAUGAUGAUCUACAUGUGAAGUUCACCAAGGAUUCAUGUGAAGUUUAUGACACUGCACAAAAAUGUGUGAUGACUGGUAUUCGUUCGAAGAACAAUUGUUACUUACUGGAAUAUCCUCAAAUGGAAGCACUGAUAUUGAAGGAUGAUGAAUCGAUGCUGUGGCACACCAGAUUAGGUCAUGUGAAUCCACAGAAUCUGUUGAGGAUCAACAAAAUUGGAGCUGUCAGAGGACUACCAAAAUUUUCAAAAAUUCCAAAUACUACUUGUGGUGACUGUGCAAGAGGAAAGCAGAAAAGGGCUGUGCAUUCCUCGUUGGAACAACAGUUCAGCAGGAACUGUCUGGAGCUGUUACAUAUGGAUCUCAUGGGUCCAGUUGAUGUUUGCAGUCUUGGAGGAAAGAAGUAUAUCCUGGUCUGUGUAGAUGAUUUUUCGAGAUAUACUUGGGUCGAUUUCUUACGUGAGAAAAGUGAUGCGUUUGAUGUUUUUGAGAAACUGGGUACGAGACUCAUGAAUGAGAAGAAAUCAAAGAUUAACAGAUUGAGAACAGAUCAUGGAAAGGAAUUUGAAAAUCAAAGAUUUGCUGGAUUUUGCAAUGGAUUGGGAAUCAGGCAUGAAUUCUCUGCUCCAAAGACUCCACAACAAAACGGAGUAGUGGUAAGGAAGAAUCGAACGUUACAAGAGAUGGCUAGAUCGAUUAUGCAUGCAAAGGGAGUAGCCAAAUAUCUAUGGGCUGAAGCUGUCAACACAGCUUGCUAUGUGAUUAAUCGAGUUUAUCUCAGAUCUCACACAGAGAAGACAGCCUAUGAAAUCUAG